AAGUAAACGCCGAGUUACACGUAGAAUUUCCCAGACAGAAAGGACACUCCAAAACUUUCUCUUGUCUAGGUUUUCCCGAUCGCGGUUGCGCCUAAUCUCGCAAUUGAAAUUACAAUUGGUUCGUCGUCUUCUGAUUUUUAUUCUUAUUAAUUGUUUACUUCAGCUUGCAAUAUACUUCGAAAUCUCCAGAAAUUCGAUUUUCUCUCAAACGGUUCGUACUAAUAUAAUGUCUGAUUCUCAGUACUGAAUUUGAAGGUAUGAUUUUUGGCUUGAAUUGUUUCUCGUAGAUGAAUUAGGGUUAGGGUUCAUCUAAUGGGUGCGUUGACAAAUAAUCUUAAGCGAGUGGAUGAAUGCUUUAAUUUACACACUGGGUCUCUAUCUCCAUCUUUUAAGUCACCUUAUUAUAUCUGUGAUUACAGCAAUCAAAUUGAUACUCACAUAGCAAAAAAACCCAGAUUUUCUUAUACUGAAAGCCCUAGAAAGGUGAAUGCUGUGCAACAGAAUGCUGUUUCUAGAUUAGGAAGGUAUCCUGAACCUCAGAAGUUACGCAGGGAGGUUCAUGCGCCUUGUAAGUCCACUAGGUCUGGGUUUUCAUCCAGCGGGUUAAGGUGUGUAGAUAGUAGUAUUCAAAAGGAGUCAUCCAUGGGGAAUAUACUCGGUAUUUAUCAGAAGACCAAGCACACAGCAUUAAAAGGUUUGCGGCAUAUUAGUGUAGGAAAUUAUAAGGAGGUAAUUGAUCUUGAUGCAGAAGAGCCGCGUAGUGAUGAUGUGAUUUUGAAAAAUUCAGGGCAGGUGGAAAUUGUAGAAGAUGGAAAUGAAGUAAGAUCAGUGGUUUCAGAUGAUCAUAGAGCGUUAGAGAGUGAUAGAUUAGAGUCAGAAAUUCAGGAACUGGAUGGCAAGGGUUUGGAAAGUGGUGAUAUUCAGGGUUAUUCGAUGGUGCCAGAUUUGGCUAAAGCUCAAAAUGUGUUUAACGGGUUGAUUUCUAUGCCACCUAGUCUCGAGGCAUAUAAAAAACUGCUGAAUGAAGUGAACAGAAGUUAUCCUAGGCUUAGUUUUUUGGGUGGUGAAAUAAAGUCAACAGAGGCCAAGUUGGAAUCAAUACGGUUGAUGCCAUCUUUGAAGAAAUCAAAGCAGGAGGAGAAACCCGAGGGGCUGAACAAACUGAAGGAGGAUUUGUUGCGUGAGGCUUUUGUCCCACUCACGACGGAGGAGGAGAGAGAGGUUUCGCGUGCAUUAUCACGUUCUAAUAGGAGAAAGAUUUUAGUAAGUCAUGAGAAUUCCAACAUUGAUAUCACUGGUGAACUUUUGCAGUGUUUGAGCCCAGGUGCAUGGUUGAAUGAUGAAGUUAUAAAUGUCUAUCUUGAACUGUUGAAAGAGAGGGAAAAAAGAGAGCCCAAGAAGUAUUUGAAUUGUCAUUUCUUCAAUACAUUUUUCUACAAGAAGCUUGUUGGUGGAAGAAAUGGCUAUGAUUAUAAAGCGGUUAAAAGAUGGACCACUCAGAGAAAGCUUGGCUAUGGACUUAUGGAUUGCGACAAAAUAUUUGUUCCUAUCCACAAAGAUGUUCAUUGGUGUUUGGCAGUCAUCAAUAAGAAGGACAAGUCAUUUCAGUAUCUAGACUCUUUGGGUGGAAGAGAUCUUCAGGUUUUGAAAGUUCUGUCUAGAUAUUUUAUGGAUGAAAUAAAGGACAAGAGCGGGCAGGAAAUUGAUGUUCGGUCAUGGGAUGUAGAGUUUGUAGAAGACCUUCCUGAACAACAGAAUGGGUUUGAUUGUGGUGUGUUUAUGAUCAAAUAUGCUGAUUUCUAUAGCAAAGGCUUGGGGCUCCAAUUCUCCCAGGUAGACAUGCCUUAUUUUCGACUUAGGACAGCCAAGGAGAUUUUGAAGCUAAGAGCAGAUUGAUAACAAUUACAGUUCUGUUGCUCCAAGUGCUGUACUGAAGAGUUCCAGCUUGAAGUGGACUUGAAAAAGGUUUCUUUUCAAUCGAGACUACGCUAAGCUUUUGGAAGACGGUCUUUUAAAUGAUAAGGUUGUAUAUAUUGUGUAGCUGCUAUUCUUGCUUAUCUACGUCUCCCUUCUUCCAUUCAUUUGGUUUGGGGUUGCUUUCUUUGGUUAAGUGUGCGACGUAAGUUUUAGGCUCGCCAUAUUAAUGUAAUUGGAUAAUCAGUUUUUGACAUCAUAGUUGCAGUUGUGCUAGAUCCAGAUGACAAGCUGCUUCUUUCCUGUUACUUUUUUUUUUCCUUAGUUAUUACACUAUGCCUAGUUGGGAUGGUGAGGCAGAGGGUGGUUUGGUGUUUUGUGAUUUGCAUCAUUGUAUGGAUUGGAUAGGUGUUAAGGAGUUGUUGGUAGAUCAUAUGCGUUGUUGUGGAAAGUUUUGGAUCUUGUAUGAAAUAGUGAAUGUGCUUCCCUAUUUAUUAGCAAUCAACCAGUUGGAAGGACAUUUGUUUGGAAAUGAUCAUCAAGAACAAUCUUCAACUGCUACCUGUACGCUUACAGGCGUUCAAAAUAGAUUCGACUUGUUAUUUAUCUGUUAUUUCGAUUUAAAAAAAAUGAAUUUACAGUUAUCGUGGAUAUAAAACUCAAUUUUGACCUGAUUCGAAAUACAUGAUCCAAAUCAAAUGAGCACCUCUAACAAUUGCAUACGACAAGACCUAAGCAACCUGUUGGAAAAAUGGUUGUGAUUGAUGGUUAAGAAUUAAACCGGAGUGAACCAUCAUUAAAAUGGUCUUGAUGGUGUUGAUGAGGAGGUGGUUGUAAUGGUGGUUGUGCUCAGCUGGAAAAGAGAGGGACCAAGUUUUAUUAAAAUUUCUAUUUGCUUUUUCUAUCUUAAUCUGUUUUUAAUUUUUUUCUAUUUAAGUUUCUUUUUCAAUAAAAUUACGUGAUGUAGAAAUAUACUUAUUUUUACUUCAAAAUCAUUGUAUAAUAUUUGAUAUAUAAAAGUGUUCGUCCUUAUUAACAACAAACAUGUAAACGGCUAGUUAAAUAAUACUCCCUCCUAUUCACCUUAGGAGUCCCAUUUGACUUUUCACGGAUCUUAAAGAAAGUCAAAAGUGGGACCCUAAGGGUAGGAAAGAGAGUGGUAUUAUGGGUUUUUAAUGUAAGGAAAGAAAAUUAGUAUGGGUAAUGGAGGGUAUAAUUGAAAAUAGGAUAAAGCUACUAAGGGCAUAAAAG